GGCUGUCAUUUAGACCCUAGUGGGGCUAUCACAAUGUGUUUUGUUUUUUCAAGUUUUAUUAUUUCACUUUACUCACAUGUUCAGUGUUUCGCCGAGGCGAUGAUGGAUGAAUUUUGUGGUUCUUGUUUUUGGGAUUCGGAAACUGUUUGGGACACGAAUGAUCCCGAUUUGUCGUUAUGUUUUGAGAAAACGGUUCUCGUGUGGGUUCCAUGUGCUUUUCUAUAUGGAUAUGUCUUCCUUUUGAAGUAUACCUACUUCGCCGGUCAAAAUCAUUCGAUAUACCUUUCAAUGUGUAUAAUGUCCUGAAAUUAGUAAGUGUUAUUCUAAUCGUUUUAGAUUUUAUGUAAUUUAAAUUAAUUAUUAUGUAGGUAAUGUCGCAAUUGGAAGCAAUCUCUUAUCUGGGAGACAGAACAUCACCGCAGUCAGAAGAUUACGUUUGUUAGUACCUAGGUAUAAGUUUAUCUAGCAUAAGUACAGUGUAAAUCAUAUCUGCUGAUAAUUACGAGUAACUUGAAAUGUUAAUUAUUUCACCGGUGCCAUGGAUGAAUUUUGUGGUUCUCCUUUUUGGGACGAGAAGACCAUCUGGGAUACAGAUGAUCCUGAUUUCACGAUAUGCUUUGAGAAAACUGUUCUAGUCUGGAUUCCAUGUGUAUUUCUUUGGAUAUUUCUACCUUUGGAAAUAUACUUUCUUCGUCGUUCGUCGGCGUUCGAUAUUCCUUGGAAUUUCUACAAUGUAUCGAAAUUGAUUGUAAUAUCCAUUUUGGCAACCCUUGCACUUACCGAUAUCGCGAAUUACGUGUUCAAUGAUUAUUCAUAUCUGCCGGUGAAUUUUUACUCGCCUUUGAUUAGGUUUACUACUUGUGUGUUGUUUUUUGGAGUAACCUACGCUAAUAUAAAAUGUGGUAUAAGAUCGUCAGCUGUGCUAUUCGUGUUCUCACUGCUGCUGCUGAUAUGCGGGACUCCUCAAUAUCGAACAGAAUUCCGGUUAAGAUGUGGGACGGACAACGCUCGGGAUUCGAUAGAAUUCGGUACUUAUAUGCUUUAUUACCCAGCUUUGGUGAUGAUUUUCGUAUUGAACUGCUUUGCCGAUUCACGUCCACGAAUUUUAAGGCAUCCUCUUGAUGAAAAUGCGUGUCCGGAAAAUGGAUCUUCAGUUUUGUCUCAGUUGCUAUUCGCUUGGUUUGAUCCUUUGACUUGGAAAGGGUACAAAAAACCAUUGGAAAAUGAAGAUUUGUGGAGUAUUAAUUACACCUUAUCGUCGGCCAGUGUCGUACGAAAAUUCGAAAAGCAUUGGAACGAAAUUGUGGAACGAGCUAAAAAAACUUCCAACGUGAGAAUCAAAGGUGUUUCUGAAAACGGCGCAUUAUUAAGAAAUGGAGGAGAAAGCGUGAGUACAUCUGAAAAUGCUGAAUUAAUAAAAAACGCCGUAGAUGGUGUCGAAAACGAUGGAAGCACGACCCAAGUAUCAAUUUUACCAGCCCUAUAUCGAACUUUCGGUACUACUUUCAUAGUUGGGACAACGUUGAAAGUGUUUCUAGAUAUGUUGCCUUUUGUCAGUCCUCAAAUUUUAAGUUUAUUGAUCGAUUUUAUUGAUGGCAACGAACAGAUGUGGAAAGGAUACGUGUACGCUACAGCAUUAUUUUUCGUUGCUUUUCUUCAAUCUCUACUGACAGCGCAAUAUCUGCAUAGAAUGUACAUGGUCGGACUUCAAAUACGAACGAGUUUAAUUUCAAUUAUUUAUAAAAAAGCAUUACGUAUAUCGAAUGGUGCUCGAAAAGAUUUCACAAUGGGAGAAACAGUGAACUUGAUGUCAGUAGAUGCUGAACGAUUUGUUGACCUGAUGGCGUACACGUAUUUGUUGUUUUCAACUCCUGUUCAAAUUGUGCUGGCGUUAUAUUUCUUAUGGCAAAUUCUUGGUGCCAGUAUAUUUGCUGGUUUUGGUGUCAUUAUGGUUUCGAUUCUAAUCAAUUGGUUUAUCGCCGACAGAUUGAAAACUUUGCAGUUGGCGCAAAUGAAAAAUAAAGACAAUCGAGUUAAAUUAAUGAAUGAAAUAUUGUCCGGAUUUAAAGUGUUGAAAUUGUACGCUUGGGAAUCCAGUUUUGAAAAGCACGUGUUAUCUGUUCGAAAUGAAGAAACACGAAUAUCUUUGCAACAAGCAUAUUGGGAAGGUUUUAUGUCAUUUAUUUGGGCUUUCACUACGUUUUUGAUUUCAUUAGUUACUUUCGCUGUGUUUGUAUUAUCGGACGAGAAACACAUAUUUGAUGCAAAAGUAGCUUUCGUAUCGUUAUCGCUAUUCAAUGUUUUAAGAUUACCCUUGUUGAUAUUUCCAAUGAUGGUUACGUUUUCAGUACAGGGUGGCACUUCGCUGAAAAGAAUAAAUAAAUUUUUAAAUUCAGAAGAUUUGAGUUUCGGCGAUGUUACUCAUGAGAAUCGAGCUGAAGCAUUGGUCAUUGAAAACGCAUCGUUUGCAUGGGAAGGGCAGAACGGGUCGCCUAUUUUGCAUAAUAUAAAUUUAAAAGUCGAUUCUGGAGCUUUAGUAGCAGUCGUUGGACCGGUUGGUGCUGGAAAAAGCUCAUUGAUCUCUGCAUUUUCGGGCGAAAUGUACAAAUUAUCCGGCAUUGUGAAUACACGAGGUACCGUAGCGUAUGUACCUCAACAAGCAUGGAUUCAGAAUGCUACCUUAAGAGAUAAUAUCACUCUAGGAGAAAAUAUUAAUCAAGUUUUUUAUGACCGGAUAUUAGAAGCUUGUGCUUUAAAACCAGAUCUUGAAAUAUUGCCCGGAGGUGAUUUAACAGAAAUUGGUGAAAAGGGAAUAAAUUUGAGCGGUGGUCAAAAACAAAGAAUUAGUUUGGCCAGAGCAGUGUAUUUUGGAGCCGAAGUGUAUUUUCUAGAUGAUCCGUUGAGUGCUGUAGACUCGCACGUUGGUAAACAUAUAUUCGACCGCGUGAUUGGUCCUAGUGGAUUACUGAAAGAUAAGACUCGUGUCUUAGUAACUCACAGCGUAACUUAUUUAUCUCAAGUUGAUUUCAUCGUUGUUAUAAAAGAUGGUUCUGUUUCCGAAUCAGGAACAUUCGAAGAACUACUCGAUAACAAAGGAGAUUUCUCCGAAUUUUUGGAAUCGUAUUUAAGAGAAGUUGAUGAACCUGACGAAGAAGAGUUAAAUAAGUUGAAAGCUAUUUUGGGAGAAGAAAAAGUUGCCAAUGAACGACUCGUGAGACAAAAAUCAAAAAAUAGUGAAAGCGAAUCAGGUGGACCACUUAAUAGACAAAAAUCAACCACUCAUGAAACUGAGAAUUCGCUCAGAAAAGAUAAAGAUGACGUUAUUGGAGAUAAAUUAAUCGAAGUGGAACGUGCCGAAACGGGAAAUGUUAAAUGGCAAGUCUACGUGUAUUAUCUGCGGUCAGUGGGAUUUUUCUUGUCGUUUGUUAUCAUAUUCCUGAACUUCUGGAUCCAUACAUUGUCCUUAGCUUCGAAUGUAUGGCUGUCUGAAUGGUCCAGCGAUUUGAACGCUACUAAUCCCAACGGUACUCAGGUUUCUGAUAAAAGAGAUCUAUAUCUUUCAGUUUAUGCUAUAUUAGGAAUAAGUCAAGGUACCGUAGAAUUUAUAGCCUAUAUUAUUAUUCGUCUGGCUUGCUGGAAAAGUGCUAGACUUUUACAUAACCUCAUGUUGAAGAAUGUUUUCCGUUUGCCACUUUCGUUCAUGGAUGUGACGCCUGCUGGACGUAUUCUAUCCAGAUUUUCGAAAGAUAUCGACGUUCUGGAUAACAAGCUUCCGAAUCAAAUUAAUAAUUUUAUUUACUCGUUAGGAGAUGUGAUUUUCACUCUUUUAAUCAUUAGUUACACUACUCCAACUUUCGCUUUCUUCGUUUUUCCCAUUAGCGUUGUUUAUUACAUUGUUCAACGAUUUUAUGUUACCACCUCAAGACAACUUAAACGACUGGAAUCGAUAUCACGGUCUCCGAUUUAUUCACAUUUUGUUGAAACCGUUUCUGGUGCACAAUCAGUUCGAGCUUACGGUCUGUCGGAAAAAUUCAUCAAACAAUCAGAAGCGAAAGUGGACUCUAAUUUGAGAAGUUAUUAUCUGAAUCUUGUUUCCAAUAGGUGGCUUGCGGUGCGCACUGAAACAAUUGGAAACGUCAUUAUUUUUUUUGCUGCUUUGUUCGCUGUUUUAGAAAGAGAUAAUUUAAGUGCUGGAAUGGUCGGUUUAUCUGUCAGUUACGCUUUGCAAAUCACCCAGAUUUUGAACUGGUUCGUCCUCGUUACUUCGGAAGCAGAAACUAACAUCGUUUCUGUUGAAAGGGUCAAAGAAUACAGCGAAACUCCCCAAGAAGCCGCUUGGAAAAUACUUAACGAACCGGUGCCUCAAAAUUGGCCAUCCAAAGGUGAUAUAGCAUUUCAAGAUUUUCAAGUUCGGUAUCGAAAUGGUCUGGAUCUGGUUCUGAAAGGGAUCUCAUUCUUUAUAAACGGUGGCGAAAAAGUGGGUAUUGUUGGUCGAACUGGUGCUGGAAAGUCAUCUUUAACUUUGAGUUUAUUCAGAAUAAUCGAAUCUGCCGGUGGAAAAAUUCUGAUCGAUGGUGUGGAUAUUGCUGCAUUAGGAUUGUAUACCCUUCGUUCGAAAUUAACCAUAAUACCUCAGGACCCAGUUCUAUUUUGCGGAUCGUUAAGGAUGAAUUUAGAUCCUGGAGAAGAAUAUUCCGAUGAAAAAAUUUGGCACGCUUUAGAAUUAGCUCAUCUCAAAUCACAUAUUUCCAGUUCAGAUGUUGGACUCCAGUUCGAAGUUACCGAAGGGGGUGAAAAUUUCAGCGUUGGUCAAAGGCAGCUGAUCUGUUUGGCUAGAGCUCUUCUGCGUAAAACAAAAGUAUUGAUUUUGGAUGAAGCCACUGCAGCUAUCGAUUUAGAAACCGAUGAUUUAAUUCAGAGCACAAUUCGUAGCGAAUUUGCGGACUGUACUGUUUUAACGAUAGCUCAUCGAUUGAAUACCAUUAUGGAUUACGAUAAAAUCAUAGUUCUAGAUAAAGGAUAUUUAGUCGAGUACGACUCUCCGAAAGUUUUACUCGAUUCUAAGAGUUCAGUAUUUUAUGGAAUGGCUGUGGAUGCUGGUUUGGUGUAAGAAUUUUCUACCUAUUGUGUUCCAAUUGUUACGUAACCACGAUGUCUGAUGCGGUUUUGGGUUUGGAUUUGGACAUCACACAUCACACUUUUCAACGUAUAAAAUAUUUUAGUCAUGCCAUUUUAUUCAUGUGAUAGUAUUUUUAUUUGAAUGGCUGUUGUUGUUGUUUUUAGUGAAGAAUUUUAAAACGAGUUUGUAUGUUUUAUUUACUUCGCGAAUUUUAACGACCCCCGCCUCCUUCUCAUUCUAUUCCUCAGUUUUCGGUUAGAAGUAGAGUUUUGACUUUGAAUAUUUGUAAAUAGAAAAUUUGAGAUUUUUCAAUAUGAAUUGAACUAUUCUCUUCUUCCCCCCUCCUUUCAUUCUUUAUCUUUGGCAAAAUCUGAAUGUAACCUCAUGCUUGUACAUGAUUAUUUUAUUUUUAUUAUUUUAGCUCUCGUUUGUAGGAGGAAGUUUAAAUAAAAAUAAAAUGAAGAAGAAACUGAUA